UGACAAAAAGCGACGAUAAACUUUUAGUUUUUUGUGGAAAAACUGCACGUUGAUUGGCUACCGCGUCACUUCUUGUUGCGUUUCCGCGUCCUGUGCGCCAUUACGGCAAUUCAUGUGCCCAAUCUGGCAACCCUGGUUUGGAUUUACUUUUGUAGAGAGCGCUCCGAAAAGAAAGUCCCAACAACGCCAUAUGGUUUGGUCACAUUCAGGCUUCUCUUUGAUGGUUGAUAUGUAAAAAACGUAUUAAAGACGCAAAGAGCUAUAAGAAGUGUGGAAAACAGUGACGUAUACGCAUGACGCGGCUAUAAACAGAAGUUGACUAUUGAUAAUUGUCAAGUGGGCGAUAACAUGGCUUUCAUGCGCACAUCAGUUACUUUAUAUCAAAGUAUGAGCCAAGUUAUAUUGUAGCAGAUGUGUGUGAGAAGAGUCUUGGAAAACAAUGCAAAGCAGUGAGACUUAGAACAUAACAAUUUUUUAUAGUGACUGCAUUGUUAUAAAAGACGUACGUAGUGCAAUAAAAAAUGAGUUGGUUGCGGAACAGUCCGCUGCAAACAAGCUUCAGCAAGCAGCGAUCCAGAGAUUCGCCUCCGAAAGAUGCUGAUCCGUCUGCAUGUUACGACAGCUUCUGCAAGCAUUGGCAACAGACUUAUGAAAUUAUCCUAUAUUCUUUUCCUCCUAAAGGGAUACCUAGUCAAGAUGAUGUACUUGGAGUUGUUAAUCAUAUUGAUCAAAUGGUGACAUUGUUAAUGCUAGAACGGGAUUUGAGUUCACACAAUCACUACCGACAAGGCAAUACUGCAACGCAUUCUCCAUGCUUGGAACAUUUAUUAAGUGAAAAUUUACUUGUUAAGCUUUAUGAUUGGAGUUUGCAUACAGGAAGAUUCAAUAAUGCCGUAAGAUUGGAACAGAUAAAACUUUACGAAUUACUAGUCUCACACAGUGGCACUCUUCUCGCACACGAAUCAGUUACGAGGCCACUUCUACGGUUAUUAGAAGAAUGUGCGAAUGACAUUAUGCCAUUAGAGGUAGAAAAGAAAUUAGUAGUAUUAUUAAAUCAGUUAUGUGUAGCCUUGAUGCAAAAUAUGGCUUUACUUGACUUGUUUUUUCAUCCUACCGCACCUGGGAAAAAUAAAUUCAUUAUAUUCAAUCUAUUGAUACCUCAUGUUCAUAGAGAGGGUGGUGUUGGUCAGCAAGCGCGCGACGCUAUGUUAUUGUGCAUGUCACUCUCAAAAAAAAAUGACGAAGUGGGAUUAUACAUCGCUGAUCAUUCUAAUAUAUGUCCUGUAUUAGCUACAGGCUUGAGUGGCCUUUAUUCUUUACUUCCACGAAAACUUGACAUUGAGACAGAUGAUUGGUAUCAAUUGACACCAGACGACGUGAAUGAUUUACCUGCGCUUAUGCAACUCAUGAAUUCUUUGGAGUUUUGCAAUGCAGUCGCGCAGGUAGCGCAUCCAAUGAUACAGAAACAGUUACUUGAAUUUUUAUAUCAAGGUUUUUUGGUACCUGUGAUGGGUCCAGCAUUAUUACAAACAACUGUGGAAGAAUUGGUUGCAGCAACAGCUUAUUUUGAUUUGUUUCUUCGAUCUGUAACCGAUCCUGGCUUGUUACGGUCACUUGUUAGAUUCCUACUUGAAGAUAAUUAUGACGACUGUAGAAUACUGGACAGUCUGAUACAGAGGAUUUCUUCUCGAUCAAGGUUAUGUAUAGUAACUCUGGCAUUGUUUGAAACUCUGGUUAAUUUAAACUGUGAAGACGUUAUGCUGGAAUUAUGCUUGGGUGCGUUAAAUCCGUGUUCACAUGUAAUGCUUUCCCAACGUAGUCGAUUGAGAGAUGUAGAUCCCUUUGGACGUGCAGCGGAGAAAUUUUUAUUCUUGACACCACGUUGUUGUUGUUCCAUAUUUAUAUCGUCGGACUCGCACACAAACUCAUUACCUGUCACUGUGUCAUGUACGUAUGACAAAUAUGGGAAUACUAUGUCUGACUCGAUGAAAUCAUUACCAGCAUCAAUAAAUUAUGGUACUAGAUUAACGGACAGCUUGUAUGGAAAUUAUCAUGCGUACCUUUGCGAUGCAAGACAAAAGAUCAGAGCUUGCCGGAUUGCAUGUUCUAAUUGGUCUUGCCGAUACGACGGUAAUUUACCAGCAAAUAGCAAUACUAGCAGUAUAACUACAUUGAUAGACGAAAAUAUUAUACCUGAUCAUCAAUCGCAACAGAAAGAAACAGAAGAAUCGAAAACAUUGCUGCUAGAAACAAUGAAGAAUACAAUAAGUUUGUGUGAGAAUGAGAAAGGUUCGCAGAUGGAUAGUAUAUUGCUUAAUAUUCAGUCUUUAUUGUCAGAAGGCAAAGAUUUCAAUAGUAACGAGCAUAAUAUUAAAAACGAAUUGAACGCGAAUAUUGCAUUAUCUCUGGACGAACAAGUACAAUUAGAUGCUGAUAUCGCCGAAUUGUUCAACGAAGAUAUUGGAAUGACAGAAUAUACAAAAAAAAUUUGUUUAGAUAAAAAAGAAUCAGAUAAUUGUAUAGACGAAUUGACCACGGCUAUGAAUUCGCUUAUGUCGCUAGGAGAGAGUAGUGGUUACGAGAGUUUUGCAUUAAAAGGAUCAGCGGAGUCAACACCGAACAAUGAGCCGAACGAAGAUCGUAUGAAUGAACACGAAGAUAUUCAUAUAUCAGUUAGAAAGAAGUUCUCUUCUCCGUUAAUUCGAAAGGAGCUUAAUAAUCAUGUUUUCUGUGAUGCCGUAGAAUCAAAUUCUUCAACAACUACGGAAACAUUACCAAAUAAUAAAUCAAAUAAAGAUAUUUCGUAUCGACAAGAUGUUUUUAACGGACAGCCAAAUGUUGGUAUAUUUUUAGAUGUGGUUUUACGGAAGCUCGAAUGCAUGACAAGCAAUAACUUGUAUGUUAAUUUACAUCUCACUGGUCUUAUCAGCAGACUAGCAAUAUAUCCACAACCAUUGUUACAAUCUUUUCUGUUGAAUCAUUCUCUUGUAUUCCAGCCUAGCAUCAGAUCUUUAUUUCAGGUGCUUGCAUCGUUAAAGCACAAAAUAGACCAUUUUCUUUCAAAAUAUGACAAUGUGGAUUUAUUGGUUGAACAAGCAAGAUUAUUUUUGAUUAAUCGGGAAGAUAAAUUAGUAAAUGCAAGGAAAAAUGUAUUACAGGCUGCCGCUCAAUCUUCAUCUGCUAAAAAGCAUUCUCUAACCGGUGAAUCAUUCAUGAGAGUAUUUAAAAGACGGGAAUUAAAAAGGAGAAGCUUAACAUCAUCAUUUACACAAAUGUUCAGACGAUCAAGUGGUAUCUUAGGCCCGAGCAGCUUAGUAAGCUCUAUCAGUCAGCCGUCUAGUAUAUCAGAGGACCAACUUCAAAUUGUUGGGUCUGGAUAUAAAUAUACUAAAACAUCGUGGGAAUCACCAAACGAAGUGAGCCCAGUGCAAAAUGUAGUUCUUUGCGCUAUUAUAUUAGACGAGUGGCUUAAAGAGCUUGCAGCAAUUACUCAAGAACACGCAAUUAUGUCUCUCACAGAUAGUAUUAGAUUUAAAAUUUAACAUAUAAGUUGGUGAGAAACUUAAAUUGUAAAGAAACAAUAUAAUAAUUCCUAUAAUUAGGUUUGUUUUCUUGACAGAAUUAUAAUUUAUCGUUGUAUUAUAUUGUAAUUACAUGACAUGUAAUAAAAGAAAUUAAAACUACAAUAAAG